AUGGCUGCGCUCACAUUCCGAGAGCAGAUGGCGGGAAUGCCAAUCCGCCAAAUGGUGGUGGUAUCUCUCAUUCGGUUUUCCGAGCCGCUUGCGUUCACAUCGCUUUUCCCCUACAUGUAUUUCAUGAUCCGAGAUUUCCAUGUUGCCCCCACAGAACAAGACAUUUCGAAGUACCUGGGCUACUUGGCGUCCUCAUUUGCGUUUUUCCAGUUCCUAUUCGCCGUGCAAUGGGGCAAAAUGCUGAAUCGCGUCGGCAGAAAACCUGUGCUCUUAUGUGGUCUCUUUGGCACAUGUAUUUCGUUAGUGACCUUUGGCUUCAGCACGAAUUAUUACAUGGCGUUAGCAGCGCGGUCGCUUGCCGGUGCGCUCAAUGGCAACAUUGCUGUUUUGCGGACAGUUAUUGGCGAGAUCUGUGUCGAGCGGCGCCAUCAGGCGUUGGGGUUCAGUACUUUACCUUUGCUUUUCAAUUUCGGAUCCAUCAUUGGGCCCUUGAUUGGCGGUUCGGCGUUAUUCACAAGGCCAAACCCACACAGUCCAUACGAGGAUGAGCAUGGAAAUACGUCAAGUCUUUCUUUGCUGACGUUUGGAACUUCGUGGUACGACGCGUUUGUAGAGCGCCAUCCUUAUGUCAUGUCCAACAUUGUUGUGUCUGUGUUCCUUUGUUUUAGCAUGGUUAUCGGCUUUUUCUUCCUUGAAGAAACUAACGAGAACUUCCGUCAACGGCGCGAUUACGGUGUUGAACUAGGCGAUGCAUUCUUGGCCCGCUUUGGUGUCAAACCCCCAACCAGACCUUGGCAGAAAAAAUCCGACGAAGAAAGACCGCUUCUCCAUCAUGCGGAACAUGUUUCAGCUUCGCAGGUCAAUGACUUUAGGGCCACAGCAGCUACUGAAGAUGAAGCUCCAAGUGGUGCCAAUGAAAUUGCGACAGAAGAGGCCGUCAUUGAUGAAAAUGACGAUUUGGAUCCAAUUCCCCUCGUUAGUAAACCAAUGACGAAUGCCAUGGUGCGCCGCUAUUCCCUGAGCUCGCUGGUCUUUGGCCGGACGGACAAAGACAAGACUGCGCUAACUGGGCGAGUUAUUUCAGUGAUUAUCUCCAACUGCAUUAUUUCUCUCCACAGUAUCGCCUACAAUGAAUUUUUGCCUGUUCUUCUUGCAUCUCGGUUCCAGAGAGACCUCCUAAAGUUCCCGUUCAGAAUUGGCGGAGGAUUUGGCCUUGACUCUAGCUACAUUGGAACCCUUUUCUCUUCGACUGGGGUGAUGGGUAUCAUUAUAGUCUUGGUUAUUUUCCCCUGGAUCGACCGCACCUUGGGGACCAUUAAAGGCUUUCGACUCUCGCUAUCGUUUUUCCCGUUGGUAUAUGCGAGUGUGCCAAUGGCCAUUUUCACGUUACAUAAGUAUAAUAGCGCUUUUCCCCUGUGGUUCACGCCCAUUUUCCUUUACUCGCUCACUACGUUGAAGACGCUCGCCUCGGCUACUGGUAUGCCUCAAGUCAUGCUUCUUAAUCAUAGAGCAGCAGCAAAAGAACAUAGGGCAUACGUCAAUUCGCUAACUAUGAGUAUGUUAGCUUUGGCCCGGUGUUUGGGUCCGAUUAUUUUUGGCUAUUUGAUGACUUUUGGCGACAGGCACAAUAUGGCCUGGCUAGUGUGGUGGCUCAUGGCUCUCAUGGCAUUGUGUGGGUUUUUGCAUUCGUUUACACUUGAUGAUUACGAGGAUUAG